AUGGCCUCAUAGUGCAUGGUCAGCAUUCACGUUACUGAAGUAUCCUACCAGGGAUCAGUGCAUACUCCCGUGGCACUGGCAAUACCUCUGCCACAUGUGAUUUGGGCUGGACUUUGCCUGAUGGGGCACUGCCCCAGGCACAGUCCUGGCACAGGAUCCAGUACUGCCCCAGGUACAGUCCUGGCACAGGUGCCAGCCAGUUCGGAGGUUGUGCAGGCUGCCAGCAGGGAAGACAGCCAGUGCUGUGUGGACCCACUGUCAGCCAUGGGGCUGGAAGAUGAAAUCAGGCAGGAGCUGGGAAGCCUCCAUGGCAUCCCCCUCUACAAGAGCUUCAUUGAGGGCUGGCCACAGGUGAAGGCUUUCCAAGCCCGUCCAGACGACCUGCUCAUCUCCACCUACCCCAAAUCGGGCACAACGUGGCUGAGUGAGAUCAUGGACAUGAUCUACCAUGAUGGUGAUGUGGAGAAGUGCCGGCGGGACGCCAUCUACAACCGCGUGCCCUUCCUGGAGUUGAAGGCCCCCGAGGAAAUGAGUGGCAUUGAGCAGCUGGAGAACACCCCAUCCCCGCGGCUGGUAAAGACCCAUCUCCCAGUCCAGCUUCUUCCGACCUCCUUCUGGGAGAAGGACUGCAAGAUUAUCUACAUGGCCCGCAACCCCAAGGAUGUUGCCAUCUCCUACUACUACUUCCACCAGAUGGCUAAGAUACACCAAGACCCUGGCACAAAGGCCGAGUUCUUGGAGAACUUCAUGGCUGGCAAAGUGCCCUAUGGAUCCUGGUACGACCACGUGCGUGGAUGGUGGGAGAAGAAGAAGGAGAAGAAGAUACUCUACCUCUUCUAUGAGGACAUGAAGAAGGACCCACGGCGGGAGAUACAGAAGAUCUUGCAGUUCCUGGGCAAGGAGUUGGCAGAGGGAACAGUGGAUAGGAUCCUGCACCACACUUCCUUCCAGGAGAUGAAGAAGAACCCUGCUGCCAACUAUGAGACCAUACUCCCCGCCUUGAUGGAUCACAGCAUCUCCCCCUUCCUCCGGAAAGGGACUGCUGGAGACUGGAAGAACCACUUCACUGUGGCCCAGAACGAGCGCUUCGACCAGCACUACCAGAAGCUCAUGGCAGGCUCUGACCUCCACUUCCAGAUGGAAGUGUGAGGGGCUCAUCUCCCUUCCCAGGAGGACUGUGCUUCCCCUUGCUUUCCCAGUGGGGAGGAUGGAUCCAGAUGGAGAUUCUUGCACUAAUUCACUGUUCCCCCUGCAAUAAAUUGUGAUAAAUGGA